GGAUUCAAGGUAUGGAACAUUGUAAUAUCAGGAACUCACUGGUAAGACCAGUGCAUGCGAGGAGCCAUCGGGCAGGUUAUUAUCAUGCUUGUGUCUAUCUGGUGAUUGGCGUUGCGGACACUGCCGCUGACCUGAAUUGCAAUAAGAAUGAAGAAGCAGUGAAGAAUGAAUUGCGCUUGCGGCCUACUGUAGUAUCAUGGCCGUCCCAGAGGAGGAAAUGUUGCAGUGGCUGACGAUCAAUGAGUCUGCGAAGACAAUGCUGAAGCGAGUGUUGGAGCGACAAAAACCUUCUCUUGCACCCUUGCCACCUCUGCAUCGUGUCAAUCUGCACGGAGGGCAUGUCUUGGAGAUGGCAGGACAGUCUGGGUCUGGAAAAUCAGAAAUUAUGUUACAGGCUGUGGUGUCAUGUAUAUUACCAAAAGAAUGGCAAGGCCUUAAAUUGGGUGGAUCCGAGAAGCCGGCAGUCUUCAUAGAUCUUGAUUGUCACUUUGACAUGCCGCGGCUAGUGAAGUUGCUGCAUCACCGUGUCCGAGAAGCUCAAGCUUAUAAGGACCUGUCUGAAAAGGCAGCUCCUGCCUGGAGUCUUGCCAUGGGAGUUGAUUCUGUAGAUGAGCUACUAUCUACAUCAUUGAAGCGUUUUUAUUUGAAACGUUGCUUCAACAGCUUCGAGUUCUUGGUUGCAUUGAAGACAAUACGACCACUGUUAAAGCAAUUGGAGAUGGAACAUGGCAGCAGUGCACAGCUCCUAUUGAUUGACAGCAUCGGUGCCUUCUAUUGGCUCGAUCGGGCAGUUCGUUCAGUACCCACCGACGCUGGCAGGAAAGCUCUUAGUCUUCACACUGUUUCGGAAGCAGUUGUUCGUGAACUCGGCCAACUAGUUCGAACGUAUCCGAGUUUGCUGAUAAUGGCUACCAAGACCAUUAUUCAUCAUGAGCCAGGAAAAGAAUACUCGGCUCAGAUGGGAAGUAGUAAUCAGAAUAUUGAUAGGAAUCAAGCUGAGGGAAACUUCUCGGGUACAGGAAGCGCGGUUAAUUUCCAUAGGAAACAAGGAAAUUUUCAUCGAGAAUACAUGCCUGCAGCAUGGCAGGGGUUUGUUACUCAUCGCUUGCUGCUCCAGGGGCCGUAUCGUUCAGGAAGCAACGACGUUUAUUUCACAGCGAAGUGGGAUAUACCUCCCUCUAAUUUUGUGGAUCGCUUCGUCAUACAGAAUGAGGGCAUCAAGCUGGCGAAUAGCAGGUCUAUGUAACACGAGCGCCAGACGUUUCUUAUUCUUUCAAAUGCCAAGGCGGGAUAAGGAAAGCGAUCUUAGUAGGUAGCCCGUUGCCAGAAGUCACCCUGGCUGCUCUGAGGCAAACAUCUAUAACUCUGAACCCGGGCAAACUGCUCUAUAGAGGUCACACCUUCAUGUGCCCUUUGUAUGAGCUGCCGUGCCGCGUUUCUUUUUGUGAGAAGAAGUGCCAGCGUCGAACUGCCAGUUGCAGGUCAUCCGGUCGGAGAGCAUGGUAGACACUGCGACUUCUUGUCCUGUUGGAGAGCAGCGGCAGGAGAGAUACUGGAAAGAAGGAGAGAUCGUAAGAGACACACUCAUUUGAGUUCUUUUCGGUGGCACAGGGACUCAUUGGGAUUCUUCUUGUUUCAAAUUGCAUCUAUUUUGGAUUGCGAUUGUCUCGAAGCAAGCAGAUUAGAUCUUGUCCUUGUUUUGGAUCACAGUGGAAAGCAGCUCACUGCAGGUUUAUUAGCUCAAGAAAAUAGAGCUCCUGACACCCCCCCGCAACAGUUGGACGGAGUAAUAUGUGCUCGUGAAGUGGGAGAAGCUAAGCUGGAAAGUUCUUCUGAAUGAGCCCGCUUCGAUGAAGUGUUCUUUAUCCUGCGAGUGUCUUUGAUGAAAAUCUUAAUUGCACAGACCAGGAAGGAAAAAUUGAAUGGCGGGGCAGGUUAUUGAUUGUGAACGGAUGCGUGCCUUGUUUUCAGUCGCACUAUCUCUGAUUUAUUGGUACAACGGGCAGUACCUUUGACAAGAUUAAGU